CACACUGGUUAUAUAAAAAUAUGGCUGUAGGACUGAAGGUGUUUGCUCACAGUUAGUGGGACAUGAUUGAAAAUCUCAUAACAAUUAUUCCAGUCAUUAACUAGCUCUUUAAAGCAGCCAUAAUUAAUAUUUUUGUUGUAACAACAACAAGUGGCUCAAAUGACUGUGUGCAGCCUAACUGCACUGGGACAUUAUUCUCAGUUUCUAGUAUUUAUCUGCUAGAAAAUGACUCCUCUGAGGACUUGUUGGAGACCAGAAAAGAACAAAUAAAUGAUUUUUUUGUUUGUUUCAGGCCAGUUUUUUUUUAGAACUGACUAAAAACUCAUCUCCAGUGAAUGAGUGCUCUGUAAGUACUUUGUGUCUGCUGAGGGUAUAAAUAAACAUUUGGCAUGAAAAAAAAAACAGUUUGAAUUCCAAACUUUUCUUUAAAGAGUUGCUUCAGUUCAUUGAGGUUUGUUGGCAUUGGUAUAUCUUUGUUGUCAUUUGGCAUUAUAUAAGUACAAUUGAACUGAUUCAUACGCAGCUCUAUUAAGAUCCUGUCAAAGCAUUUCAGUUGGGCUGAAGUUUGGACUUUCAUUGGGCCAUUGCAACAUCUUGAUUAUUUAAAGGAGCCGGUCUACAAGAGAAUGGCUGUUGGCCUCACAUUUGACUCUGUAAAUACUUUGGUAUACGGAACCAUUCAAGGUCAAUUCAAAGACUGCAAGAUAACCAAGUCCUGCGACUGCAAAACGAGCCUAAACCAUCACCACUCCACCACCACCAUAGUUUUAUGAGGUGUUCGUGCUGAUAUGCUGCGUUAGGUUUUCAUCAAACGUGCUGUGCAAUCUUCCGCUUACAUGACAUUAAACACUAUUCAUUUAAGAUGUAAUGGAAUCAAAGGUUAGGUUUAAUGUUUUCUACUUGUGAAUAAUCUUUUGUUUCACUUUAAAUUGUUUGUAAAUGGUUUUACAUCCAUUCCCAGAUUAACUUUAGGUCAUCAAUCGAUCAACGUCUUAACGAGGAAAGACAUUAGCCUUUCCAAUCUUAGUGAAGCUGACUGACUUUCUGUUGCUGAAAGCACCAGACCUGCAAACUGCCAGAACAUCUGCUUUCAUAGAGUUGUUCACUUGCUGAUGAUCAGUUAAAUAAGUGCAUUUGAUUAAGAGUCUGGAUGCUACUUAUCCAAUAAUUCCUACAAAAGCAGGAAGGGUGUACUUAGUUUCCACACACUGCUUCUUCUUCAUUUUGCUAAAUAAGUAAUGACACGGUGUAGUAUGUCAUGUUGUGGUUCAUCUGAGGUUGAGUUUACAUCAUUUCAGAUCCUGCUAAGGACCAAAUGAUUUUUUAAAAAAAAAUUAUCUCCUAAUAUAUAAAAGCCUAGUAGUGGAAAAGGACGUACUUCCUCUUUCACAUUACAAACGUCUCUUCUGGUAAAAUGUUUUGGUGGGUUUGUUUUGUUUUGUUUCUCCUGAAAUGAUUGAGAUGUUUGCUGUAUGUCUAUAGAUCAGCACUGAGCGGGUAAGUGAGUGCAUCCUGCAUGUAGGAAGCAUUUAGCCCUCUAAGUUGUUGCCCUGCACCUCUCCGCAGUGUGUUGCAGCGUGUUUAUUGCAGCGCAGGUCACCUCUCAGCAGUCCAUUCUCCCUCAGCUCCCCCCGGUGCUCACGCCUCAUUAGCUCAACACACUCAGGUCCUUUGCAGCUGUUAAUUACACACUGUAAAGCUGAUAUCAGCGAGGACAGCAUUUAUCCCAGUUAAGCUUGAUUCUGACUUGUCAGUAACUUGACAACAUGGUGGCUUUCCAAUCAGGCUGUUGUGGAAAAACAAAAUUGAACCGUCCGUUAAGCUUUUCUUUAACUUGAACGCCCACUGAGUGAGUCCGGCAGCCGUCAGUGAUAGUCCGUAAUUUGUGUGUAUCGCAACGGGCCGAUCUUAUCUGUGUUAAGAGGUAAUAAAUGAUGAGCAGCAAAUGAUCAGUCAUGUUUAGAUUGAAUGUCUCAUUAAGAGCAGAGGAUACAGUAAAUUAGCCUAAUUAAGAGGGAUACAUGCUUCUAUUUUUUUGAUGUUAUUCAUGAGAAAAACAUUACUAACCUACUACAUUAGGCAUUAACAUGAUGGAUUUAUAGCUCAUUGCAUAUUCGUCAUUACAUAAUAUAUCGUAUUAUUUAGUGUUUUUCCUGGGGCUCUAUGUAAAUGUUAUCAAUGUUGAUUAAAAUGUCUCUUCUUCUCUAACGAGAUCUGUUCAGAUGACUUAUUUUGUCAACACAUGGAUGGAAGUUGUGAUAUUUUGUAGCUUUUACUUAAAUGAAUACAGUUUAACAUGAAUGCAUUUAAUGCAAUUCAUCUUUGUGCUUCUUUACAGAUAAACUGUGCUUCGUAUAAAGUCACAGCCACUUUAUUAGGCACAUCUUACUGGUGCUGGGUUUUGCAUUUAGAACUGCUUUAAUUCUUUGUGGUACAGAUUGAACAAGGUGCUGGAAACAUUCCUGAGAGAUUUGGGUCCAUAUUGUUGCUGUAGAUUUGUCGGCUACAUAUCCAGGACGCGAAUUUCCUGUUUCCCCCACAUCUCAAAGGUGCUCUAUUAGACGGAGAUCUGCUGGUUUUGAAGGCCGCUUGAAUACAGUGAACUCAUUGUUAUAUUCAUAUAUUCACAUUUGUGACAUGGUGUGUCAUCCUGCUGGAAGUGGCAAACAGACGAUGGGUACACUGUGGUCAUAAAGGGAUGGGCAUGGCCAUCAACGAUACUGCUCGCUGUGGUGUUUGUACCAACUGAUGGUCAGUUGGUACUGAGGGGCCCAAAGUGUAACAGGAAAAUGUCCCCUACAUCAUUACACCACCAGCAUCGGCCUAAGUUUUGAAACAAGGCAGGAUGAAGCCAUGCUUUUAUGUUGUUUACUUCUAAUUCGACCUUAACAUUUUAAUGAAAGAGAAAUCAAGACUCAUGAGACAGGAAACAUAUUUCCGGUCUUCUGCUGUCUAAUUUUGACAUUUCCUGUUCUUAGCUGACAGGAGUGGCACCUGGUGUGGUCUUCUGCUGCUGUAGCCCACUUGCUUCAAGGCUGGACACGUGAUGCGUUCAGAGAUGUUUGUCUGCACACUUUGGUUGUAUUAUAAAUUAUUUGAGUUAGAAUCAGAUUCAUCUUCAUUUGGUUACGUUUGUUUACACAAACAAAGUUCUUUGCUCUCUGUAUAAGAAAAUAAAUAUUUUAAAAACAGACAUUUUUUUAAUAAGCAGAUAUAAAUGGAGACCAUAAAUACAAAGAGUAUAUGAAAAGUAAGAAAAAUACAAGUUACAAAUUCUUAAUCUAUACAAACUAUAACAAAUUACAGCUGGGCCUGAAUGAUGGAUAUAAAUAGGCUGAACAUAAAGCAACGUGGACGAACCCUAGACAUUUAUUUUAAUAGUGCACGCUGUUACUUUCCUACCAGUUGAAGCAGUCUGACUCUCCUCUGUCCUCUGGCAUCAACACAGCAUUUUCACCCAGAGAACUGCUACUCACUGAACGUUUUCUCUUUUCCUGAAGUUCUCUCUAAACUCUAGAGAUGGUUACGUGAGAAAAUCCCAGGAGAUGAACAGUUUUGUGAAAUACUUAAACCAGACAACCAACAACCAUUCCACACUCAGACUGACUUAAAUCACUUUUAUUCCCCAUUCUAAAGCUUGGCUAGAAGUUUGUCAUCUUCAGGUCAUCUCAAACAAAUCUGUAUGACUAAACACGGUGAGUUGCUGCCAUGUGAUUGGCUGAUUCGAUAUUUGCAUUUACAAGCAGUUGAACUGAAUGCAUCCCUAUUUUAUUAUUAAAAGAAAACCAGAACAUAAUCCAACCUAUAGCAGGGCUGCAUGUUAGAAUAUUCCUAUGCCUUUUGCACCCAAGAAAGUUUUAGUUACUGUAGUUUUAUUUUGUUUUAUACGCAAUGAGUUGUUAAAGCUAUUGUAAUAAGCAUUCUUCUGUAUUUGAACAAAGGCUUGUUAAAAAUUCAAUGAAUAGUACCUAUUGGCAUUAUGUGCCUGUAUAGAAGCUGUGGGAACAUUAAGAUGAAACAUUUAGAUGGACGUAUACUUGUAUUUUCAGCUGGUUUUAAAACAAUUAUUCAAAUAGUCGUUUGAAACUUGAAAUCCUUUAUAUAGUAAACUACACAACGGAUAUAGUUUGUAGUUGAAUUGGGUGAUGAUAUGGUCUUUAUGGCUAGAAUAUUUUAAUAUUCCACAUCUUUUAUUCAUGCCCACUUGCUUUUAUUAUGUUUAACUUACGCUUUUUGUGGAUGUGCGGCUUCAAGUUGACCAUCUAAUGGCUGAAAGUCAGUCAGGUUUCAGUACAUUCACUCUUGCUUUGCAGCCAAUGAGGCAGAGGGGAAAACUUACUUAUCAAUAACUCUAUUUAUUUAUUUUUGGGACAUAAAAUAGAGCUGGUUUCAUUUGGUACAAAUGCAUCAUAAAACAGACCGACGUUUCUGAAAUGGGGAAAUUGCACUUGUCUUUGGCGCAUAUGCACAGAAGAUUUAAAGAAUUAAAAAGCAAAGAAAAACCACGAGGAAGUGUGGAAAAAACUGUCACGAUGACACCGUUUAGUCCCUGUAGGAAUAUUACAGUAACGUGACCGUGAUUUUACACGGGGAUGUCCCGGUGCAACGGCGAAUGCGAAUGCAGGCAGCGCAUGAAUAUUAUCUCCAGCUUGCCACUUCGGAAGUAGGUCACCGCUCACCGAUUUGUUCACCAUGUCUCCAGCUACUGUGGGCUGUUUGGUCCACGGAUCGCUCCCCGGGUCCGCAGCUCUACCGAGUAGAAACUGAUCAUCGGGAAAAGAAACAAACAUCACGGACGGGAGAUUUUUAUUGUUAUUAUUUUAUUUUAUUUUUUUCAAAUUGAGUGGGUGAUUAUUUCCAACGGGACACGCGAGGUAAUGGUGAAUCGCUGCUGUGUUUCGGUCACAGUUGGAGAUGACAGGGUCGGUGGUUAGGCUGCUUCUAACAACUCGGCUGUAAUACGAGCCUCCUAAUGAUACUGAUAUUAACUAGCAGCUCCGAAAAAGCCCGAUUGAGCGAGGAUGGUCGGGUGUUUUCCAUUCGUUUCCCCGCUGAGGAUCUCUCCUUUUAUUUCCUACUUCUCAUAUCGCAGCCUGCACUCCUGCUACGGCAUGCUGUCAGAUUAACACUGUCCACCACCACCACCGUGGCCAACUGCGAUCUUCAAGAGGCGAGUCAUUUAGAGCCAUAUGGACCCAGAUGAUGAUCCAUGAUGAUAUCCACUGAAAGCCCAGUCUGAGCUGAAACCCUCCACCAAUCAGAAACCCGUGGAUGAAGACAGUUUAGUGAAUCUGCUCCCAGACGCUGAGAAUAUGGUGAAAGCUCAGCGGUGCCAGACGGCGAAAUGCGGAAAGCCCAAGAAGGAGAGGGGAAGUAAGGAAAAGCAGGAUGGUGUGAAGAAAGGGAGAGGGGGGGUGAUUGAGCUGAAGAGGAAGAAAAAGAGGGACAAGAAAGACUUGCACCGAAAUAAAAAGAAGAAACUAGCCGUGAGUGAUGGAGAUGCGUUGGACUGUUGCGUGUUGCUCACCCGUCUGGAGGAGAAAGCAGCUGCUGGUAAAGAGAAGAAUGCACUAAAAGCUGGGAAGAAAAGGAGUGUAAAAGUUAAAAAGAAGCAACACUCCAUCCAAAGAGGGACCAAACAUAGACUCAAGAAAACCUCUGUCGCCAAUCAGCAAGCACUGGAACCAAAAAACAACCAAUCUGACGCCUUACUCAUGAUGCCCUCAGCUAUGUUUGAGCCCCGCAGAAGGAGAAUGGCUUCUCUUAACGCUGAGGCUGUCAACAGCUUGCUGCUCUACAAAGACGGCUCACUCAUGGCGAAUAACGCAAAGAAAUGUCAGCCAUCCAACGAAGAGCCAGCAAAAGAGCUCACUAAAACUGAACACGGAGAUCAGAAAACCAAAAAAGGUUCUUUGGAAGGGAAAGCAGUCCAAAAAGAGAGACCGAAAAAACAAAAGCGUUCCACAGCUGAGGCUCAGAACAUCGACUGGUUGAGUUUGCUUGCACCGACACCUCGGCGUCAAGCAGGCCUCACCGCUGCAACGCUGCUCAAACUCACCAGUGCCCCAUAUGGGGCCAAACGGCAAAGGAAGGUGGAGUCCAAGCCAGGGAGUAGAAGUGAAGCUGCAGCUACGACUCAGGAUGGAAUGAGUGGUAAGCCUGUGUGCAAAGGAACAACACACACCAAACGAAGAACACAUCCCAAACAUGAGGGGCAACUAAAGCACAGAAAACAGGGCACAGAAGAUCCAGUCCAUUCCCAGGUGAGCCCCGCCAUCCAGGAAUGCUGCAGUUUGUGUAAGACGGAGACUUUGGAUCCGGAGUGGAAGGGUGCCACAGGGGGGCAGGAGUGUGUCAAGCAUCCUCUCCACUGUGGCUCUUCUCUGGGAUUCUCCUUAAAAACAAUCAAAGAGGAGCAGGUGGAGACGGAGGUGUCUUCCUGUUACUGCUGCUCCCAGGAGAGAUGUGUCGAGUACUUUCACAGGCUGGCCCUCUUCCUGGAUGACAAAACCUUCAAGGAACCAGAGGACGGCUCACUGUCUGAGGUGUUCCACCACCACCAUCAUCAUCACCACCACCAUCACCACCACCAUUCUGUUGGCCACCCGGCAGCCAUAACCAUCAGCCCACACACGUACACCUGUUUCCCAGGCUACUACGUCCAUUUCAGCCACCCGGACAACUCCGCCUCCACCAUAUCACCUCUCGCUUUAUGCCCAAGCGGCAGCAAGAGGCCGAAGCUGCUCCCCAGCACGGGUCCCCAACCCUCAGGGAUUAGCCAUCCAGUGUACUGCUGCACCUCAGUGAAACCGUGCUACGGAGAGCCCUGCAGGAUCAACGGCUACUCUGCUUAUACCAGUGUGAUUCCAGCAAUUAACAGAGGAGCGUGCUCCUCUGGCCGCCCAGACUGCAUCAAAUGUAACCACAGCGUAAAAAGAGAUGACUACCCAGCAACCAUCAAUGACCACCACAGCCCCUCCUCUAUCCCCAUUUGUCCCAGCCCUCGAAUCCUUACUGGCUGCCCCGUUCCCACUGUGCCUCCAGCCGGCCAAUCAGUGCCCCACAUCCAGACUCCACUGUCUGACCCCAGCCAACCGCAGCCUCCGCUGAAGGUGGCAAAGGAGUGUCCACAGAGUGCCAAGCAGCCCAGCGGGUCAAGGUCUGGCGCGCGCAGCACCGGCAGCAUCAGCUCGGCUGUCUGCCCUCUCAACAGGAACAAGAAACAGAAGCUCAGCUGUGCCAGCGACGGAGGGCAAACGGUUGCCAAGCAGCCGAAGAAUGGCCGCCAAAAAUCCACCAACGGCUGGAGGCCAUUUGGCCUGUCCUUUGAGAAGGAGGUUUUCUCUGUGGGAGAGGACACUUUGGUGCUGAGGAAGUGCUUUGAGGGAGUCCACAGGGACGGGGAGCUGAUUAGAGUCAGAGACACUGUUCUGCUGAAAUCUGGACCUAGAAAAAAGUCUCUGCCUUACGUGGCUAAGGUCUCAGCUCUGUGGGAAGAGCCAGAGUCAGGAGAGCUGAUGAUGAGUUUGUUUUGGUACUACCGUCCAGAACACACACAGGGAGGACGCAACCCCAGCGUACAUUGUGAGAAUGAGGUCUUUGCAUCCCGUCACCAGGAUGUGAACAGUGUGGCCUGUAUCGAGGACAAAUGCUAUGUCCUAACAUUGGCACAGUAUUGUCGAUUUUGUGCCUUGGUAAAACGCCGUAGAGAAGGCGUCAGCGACAGCGCCGCCUCCCUUGUAGUGCCCCCUGUUGUUGGAAACGCCAUGCCCACCCACCACUGUGUGCCCGAUGACACUGACCCAGAGCUGGUGUUUUUCUGUCGACACGUCUACGACUUCCGCUACGGACGCCUCCUCAAGAACCUGCAGUAGUACCUGACGAGGCAUGACAUCACAUUACACCCCGGUUUCAUCUGCCACAGAUUCUCACUGGCUGCCUCCGUGAGAGAGGAACUGGAGUUUCGGACGACGGCUUGACAGCUUAUUUUCUUUUCAGUCUCUCAUUCAUGCUUACAUGUCACGCAUUUAUUAAGUAAACUAAUGGUUUGACGUAAUAUAUAAGAGUUGCUAUGGCAGUGUAAAUCUUUUUCUUUUAUCAUACAUGGCUCUCUGGUGUUGUAGCAGCUGUGUGAAGAACCUGGAACGUACUCUGCUGUAGAAAAAGCUACUGUAGCUCUUAGAAAUGUGAAAUUUGAUUAGAUUGCCGAGAACUCGAUGUUUCAUGUGAAUAAUGCUACUAUCUGCCUGACAGACAACAGAUAACACAAAGUAUCUUGAUAUGCCAUAGAUAAUGAAAAUAUGUGGCAUAUUGUGCCACACCGGAUGGUGCAGCUGAAGACUUAAUCGCAUCUUUUUUUCACUCAGUUUAUUUCUGCUGCUUUGAGCUGCACUGAGUCCAUUUGAUAGUGAAAACAUGGCGUUUUCUACUGACACGGCAUAUAGAAAUCUUACUGUAAUGCAGCUGUGUUCAUGCUGUUCUGAGAAAUAGUGAUAGUCUGGGAAAUGUGCUUGCUUGUGAUAAAUAAGAAGGAAUCAGUUUCAUGUCUGUUUAAUCAAAAUGAAAUAAUCACCAGCAGCUGGUUAGUAUAGCUUAGCAUAAAGUCUAAGUCUGACUCUCGGGGCAAUAGUCGGAUACUAUAUAUGUAAUUAGCAGCUGUCAAGGGCAAGAACACCUGUUCUGUCAGAGGUUUAUCGACUGCAUGCGACUACAGAUCAGUUUUAAAGAAGCUAGGUGUGUUUCAGUAAAUCAGCAAUCCCUAUUUUUCCCCCUCUAAAUGCAUGCAGUCGAAGCAUGCUCAAACAUGAUUGGUUGAUAGAACGUGGGCUACAAGCAGACUACAAAUAUCUGCAUACAUAUCUUUUUGGAGCGAUUGUGCUAAGCUUAAUUAGCUGCUGGCUCCAGCUGUGUGCUUACAACGUAUACAGAGAGUGUUCUCAUCCAAAUCUCAGCAAGCAAGCAUGUGAGGAAGUUUCCCAAAUAUUGAAAUUGACAUUUUUGUCUAAUGGUGAUUGAUUUUGGAGAGCUUUGCAGCGCGCCCCAAAGAUAGCCAUGAAAGACAUUCUCAGUCAAACGGUUUGAUUGAAUCUAAUUAGCAGUGAAAAAGUAUAACAAGAGUGAGCAAUUAACGGUUUUUUGGCUUCUUCUCUACUUAAGUUUUGAGAGAGAUGCAGGUUUUAUUCCGUAUCUGUAUCUGUAGUGAAGACACGGGCAUGCUAACCGCUAAAAGACAGCGAGAGUUUAGUUUGCUUGCUUUCACAUUGCGAGGAUCAGCCGAGCAUUAAAGGGGAUUUUUGUUAUGCCAAUGCCGAGGAAUAUUUAACUUUUUCAAAGCUGUUUACCAGAGGUGUGAUUUGACUCCGGUGUCAGCGUACUGUAUAUUUGCAUUUAAAUAUCUGGAUGGGUGUCUGUUAGUGGCAGAUGGCAUCAGUUAGUCACGUAUAUUCUUGUUUCUUCACUGAUGAGCUGGUGAAUAAUGUAGUCAGUGUAGCAUUUAGAUCUGUGAUGAUGAUUCGUUCCUAUGUUUGAGAAAAGAUAUGUAUUUAUGUCUGUACUGAGAAAAUAUAUAAUUUAUUUUCAAAAGAUCAUUUUAAAGAGUUUUAGAUGAGUGGCUUGCAUUCCUGAUUAGAAAGGAGGCUGACGAUGUCUCUCCGUAGCUGCACUGUAUAAGUGUGAGAGUCUUUGCAGCAGUAUUUCUGUGUUUCAGCUCGCUUACCCAAUACAAGCUCGUGCAAUUUUGCUUUGAGACACUGAAGUAGGCAAUAGGCAGAUUUGACGACACAUAUGGAGUAUUUGGAAGGAUCUCAGAUGCGGUUUGAAGGACAUGCGCUAACAUGUGACCAGAGAUGCUAAACCUUGCAGGACCAAAAUGUACCCUGGCCUUUUCCAGCUUCCUGUCAUCCUCCUUUUCAUUUCCCCUGAGAUGGUGAAGCUUUGCCUCUUCACCUUUAAAUGCCGAUUGCUUCACUGAUUUUAACUUACCAUUAGCCUGUGCCCUGGAUCUUUGCUGCCUUAUAGAACAUUCCCAGCCUUUUAUUUAGUAACGUGUAUUGAUCACAGUCUGGAGUUAUGAAGCUAGUAAGUGCGCUGAUCUUGAUUCCUAGAUGCUUGACAUGUAUUUCAGUGUUACCUGUGAUCUUAUGUGACCUGAAAGUCCAUCUUAAUCAACAUUUUUAUUGAGAGUGAUGUUUGGUAUCAAACUACUUAACUAGUUGAGAGUAGAUGAGGAUUUUUUUUUUCUUUUUUUGGAGAAACUAACUUUUUACAGAGUGUGGUAUGACAAUACUGACAAUUCUUUCAUAUCAGUACUUUAAAUAUAAAGCAGAAGCUAGUUAGCUUAGCGAUCUAUAACGCUUGGAAGUGGGAGCGGGCGGUAGAAAGCCAGAUGCACCCUUAUCAUCUGUGAGCAUAAUAGGUAACAUUAUGUAUGUAAUUUGUUUAGUCUGUAUAAAUCAAAGUGUUAUAACAAAUUUCUUGUUAGCAAAUUUUGUGUUGUUUUUGGUUUUAUGCUAGGCUAAGCUAAGCUAACCAGCUGGUUACGGAUUCAUUUCUUACAUGCAGACCUUAGAGCAUUCUGCCAUUGAAAAAAAAAAUGUUUUUUUGCCAUCCAUAAGUCACAAUUUGGGGUUAUUAUGCCAUUCAAUUCAAAGUUAAGAAUCUUAAUUUUAAUUUAUUAAUUCAAAAAAUAUCAGAAAAUAACUCAAAAUAAUUAUAAAAAAAACACCUUCAAACUUGAAGUUAGGUCAAAACUUUGAGAUAAUAAUCCACUUUUUUUUUUUUUUUUU